GCCCAGCAUAGACCAGACAUUCCGACGGGAGCAAGAGAAGAGGAUAGACGUCCAUAAUUAAUUAACAGGCGUUUUGGUCACAUUCGUAUUGCAGAGACAUUACCUGGACAUUACUGGCUUGAUCGCUGCAACUCGUCAUUUUUUCUUCUCUGAGCAGCAUCCGAGUUUUCAGAAUAAAGGCAGACGGGGCGAACCAGGACGAGUCUAGUGGAAAUAUAAUCUGAAAGCUCCAUUUGCCUGUGUCUCUCUGCGCAGUUCAGCACCGCUCAGACGCGCUGUGUUCAACGGACUUGUGAGCUGCGACUCGCUACACACUACCCGCUGGACAAUUUGGUGUAGGCUUCAUCCAAGCCGUCAGUCGACUUCAGUGGGACUGUUGCACAUACCUAUCCCAUUUUUGUUUCACUCAGCGUGGACGGAAAGAUCCAACCAUUACACUUAAAAGGGACAAAAGAGGUGGGUGUGCAUCAAAGUACCGUGUAAUAUUGUGGGGUUUCUAACGGUGGCAGCUUCACUUUAGCUGAAAUGCAUUCCUCGUGAUACGGCUCAUGCGAAAGCUGUACAUUGUUGCUUGUUGGCAGGCACAUCAGUAGUACAGCACAAGGUAUUGGACACACUAUUAUGGGAAUUGAACUCCCUAAUUCGUAUUAUUUUACGUGUUGCAAGACGAAAUGCAACAUAUACAUGUACAUAUAGCCUAGAUGUCGAGCCCUACCAAAUGCAUUUUAUUGGUAUCGACAUCUUAAAUCUAGUAUUUGUAUGAUUAUUUAUCCCAAUUGAGAUUUCUACUAACGUUGCGUGACGGACUGACGUUUGUUUGAACGGCACCGUUAUGUUUUGUAGCGCUAUUAUUAUCAUUUCCAAGGCCGGGAUCUGUUGAAAUCCCCUGCCGUCCUCAUGCUUUUAUAUUUCCCCUGCCUUCCCUCCGCUGCCAGCCCGAUGUCUAAACUGUCUGCCCAUGUAAUUACUUGGACUUAGACCAUUUAAGUUAAAAGCUCCCCCCACCCCACCCCACCCCCUCUGAAAAUCCCCUCUUUACCCGAGUCGGUCGGAAUGAAACUUGAGGACGGUCCGCUCUUAUUUAUCUCGGGAGUCACUUUCGGGGCGGACUUUUUGAUUCAUCUCUUGGAAGAUUUAAUCAGCACUGAGGUACCAUGGUGAACCCGGGAGGCAGUACGCAGCCGCCGGCGGUGGGCGCCGGGUCGCUGUCGUGGAAGCGGUGCGCGGGCUGCGGCGGCAAGAUCGGCGACCGCUUCCUGCUCUACGCCAUGGACAGCUACUGGCACUCGCGGUGCCUCAAGUGCUCCUGCUGCCAGGCACAGCUGGGCGAGAUCGGCACCUCCUGCUACACCAAGAGCGGCAUGAUACUCUGCAGAAACGACUACAUCAGGUUAUUCGGCAACAGCGGGGCAUGCAGUGCGUGCGGACAGUCCAUCCCAGCCAGCGAACUAGUGAUGCGGGCACAAGGCAACGUCUACCACCUGAAGUGUUUCACGUGUUCCACCUGCCGGAACCGCCUGGUCCCCGGCGACCGGUUCCACUACAUCAACGGCAGCCUGUUCUGCGAACACGACAGACCCUCAGCACUCAUCAACGGACACUUGAGUUCACUGCAGACGAAUCCCCUACUGCCAGACCAGAAGGUUUGUUAGGAGGAUGACUGCAGCAGGAAAGCAGGAUGUGUGCCUUCAUUUCAGCCCUCGCUCACCCUCGUGCUCAAGACGUCUCGGAUAACCCCCCAAACCCCCAGCGUCCGCCCCCGCCUCCCCUUGCCCCCCCCUCGCCCGACCGACAGCCCUCCCACCUGCUGGUGGCCAGCCUCCACCCUCCAGCCAGAUCUUCACCCACUCCCCUCUACCCUCUACCCGCCCUGUGCCCAGAUCGGGUGACGGGUGAACCACCCUGUACUCUACAGACAGCACCCCAACUCAGCCCCCUGCCCCGCUGCCCUUCACUUGACCUCACCACUGAUCCCAUACAGUAUACUACCUUUGGAUCCACACCCCAAUCCUACCCACCCAUUCACCCCAACCCACCCCACCACCGAAGGAGCUGGACUAGAGCCCAUAUACUACCUUUGGAUCCACACCCCAAUCCAACCCAACCCACCCAUUUACCCCGACCUACCACCAAAGAUCCUCCACGGUACCCCUCCCCUGGGCCUGGAUCACCCCACAUCUAAUCUGAGCCCCAUCUAUACUCACUACAUUACAUUACAUUACAUUACAUUACACUGCAUUGCACUACAUUACAUUACAUUACAUAACACUACAUUACAUUACACUGCACUACAUUACAUUACAUUACAAUACACUUAGCUGACGCUUUUAUCCAAAGCGACUCUACAGUUACUCUACAGUUACAGGGUAUUGGUUACAGUCCCUGGAGCAGUGUGGUGGUUAGGUGCCUUGCUCAAGGACACUUCAGCCAUGGAGUUGAGGUGAAAGGAAUGAAACUGUGGGAUUUGAACCUGCAACCCUCUGAUCUAUACUGUACUCCUGGAGAAGCUUUACCUGACGCCCGGCCCUUCUGCAACCUUUUGCUUCUGCUUCAGCCAGCCCCACCAGCAGUCACACACACACACACACACACACACACACAC